AUGACAAUCCCAACUUUGGUCUGCCUGUUGGCGGUGGCGAAGGCCGUGGCUGGCUUCACAUUCAGCCACUCCGACCCGGUCGAGUGUCAGGAUAUGACUCUUCAGUGGGAAGGCGGAACUGCCCCAUUCUACGCUACCGUCGUCCCCGCCUAUCCCCUCUCCGGCGCCCGUAUUCAGAACGUGACUAUCCCCGCAUCCGCCAGCGCUUCCUCCGCUCGGCGCUUUUCCUUCCGGUUGGACAACCCGGCCAACCUGGAGUUUAGCGUCAUCAUGAGUGAUGCGACGGGCUGGGGAGCUGGCGGAGUCACGCCUGUCCUUCAAAUCGCUGGAUCAAACGACCAGUCCUGCCAUACCACCUCGCCUCCCUUCGGCUUCUACUUCUACUGGGACCCAGCCAUCUCCAUCUCGACACCCCAGUGCCAGUCCAUGCGGCUGUCAUGGGACCGAAAUGUCGUCUAUCCCAUCCAGGCGCUCGGCUUCAUUCCCGGCGGAGCGGCAUUCACAAUCCCCACGCCCCAAAACACAUCCAGUCUAUCGACAACAUGGAACGUCAAUAUCCGAGAAGGCGCUCAGUACCAGAUCCUGAUGGCGGACUCUAGCCGAGUGGCCACUGGGGGCAGUACGAACCUAACUUGGGUCGUGGCAGGGAGCAAUUCCUGCCUGAACGCCAACAGCCCCGGUGCGGGCGCACGGGUGGCGACUGUCAUCAGUGCGGGAACGUCCGCUACUCGGUCGCUCACCUCCAUGCGGUCGUCGUCGGGCAUGCCGUCCUCGUCCGGCGUAUCAGACAACAGCGGCGGCGGGAUGUCAGGCGGAGGCGGGUCCAACAUCGGAACCAUUGUAGGCGGCGUCAUCGGCGGUCUCGCGGCUCUCGCUCUCCUCGUUCUCCUCCUCUUCUGCUGUCGUCGUCGGCGGCGUCAGGCAGCUCAGGAAGCGGAAGACUAUGCUCCGGCUCGCGCUGCAGAGGUCGCUCAGCCCGGGAUGCGCCAGAGCACCCUCUCCAUGGGCACCGCAGCGGUCAUGCGUCGCGCUACGCGGUCAAUGGGUCCAUCCCAUACCCGCCAGACAUCUCGGUCUUCCUUCGACAUCCUCUCUGAACCUGCUGGCGCUCCUCCAGCCCAUGCAGACCUCGAGACCCCACCGUCAAUCACAGGGCACGCGGUCGAUCCCUUCGUCUCUCCUUUCCCUGCGCCACCACCCCGCAACUCGUUCGAGCAGCGGCGCGAAGGUGUGGGUGCGGUACCCUGGGGAGCCGCAGCUACAAGGGGACACGUCCGGGAAAAGUCGGACGGGACUCUCGAUAGUCUACGACCGGAUGCGCAGACACGCAGAUCCGUUCCGGCCCCCUCGCUCGUCCCUCUCAACACCAGCGGCACUCAGGGAUCGGUCGGUCGCAGCUCACGCAAGCUGUCUGGGCAAUUCGGCGAGACACCCCCUCAGACCCCAACGGUCCGUCCCACGUCUCAGCUUCGGUCGCCGGUGCAGCGGACGACGUCAUCGGGCGGCCUGACGAGGUGGUCAGUCGAUGAAGAUGCGGAGCUUGGCUCGGCUCUAGGGUCGAUGGGGUCGAGGGACAGGUUGUCGGGCGUGGAGGAAGGGCGGGUGAGCCCGUCGACGACGACGUUCAUCCAGCAUAAUGAUGGAGGACCAGGCGGCAUAGUUGAGCUUCCGCCCAGCUACAAUCAGCUCCGUGCGAGAAACCCGGACGAGUAA